CGCUAAAUUUGAUGGGCGGGGAGUAGCGAGCUGUUUGUAUACUGAAUUGAGUGCGUGUCCCGAAGCAGUCUUUUAACCAUCACUCGUCCAUGUUGAUUCUUAAUUCUUUCAAUAGAUGCCGAGCGCGGAGUACUUGAAAAUAAUUUCUCGAGUUUAUCUUCGGCGGUUGUUAUUGAUGGAGUCAUUCGGAGGGGGAGGGGCCCCGGACUGGCUUGACAUGGGGAAAACACUCAUGCCUUUAGGCACAUAAUGCGAGGAGCACUGAUACACGGCUGAAGGGCUCUUAUCGCGCCAGCUUGUUAAACACGCCCAGCUCUUCUCAACGUAUUUCAGUCGGUAGUGCGGUUCCGCCAAUCACGAGCUUAUGCGAUAACGGAGACCGGCGUGAAGAAGCGACAGCAGCAAGACCUCGUCAACGACGACGAGGCUACGGCAUUCCUUACUGCCGUUACACUCUACAACAUCGGAGGUUUACGACAUAUGAAGCACACAAUCUAAUAUUCGCGGGAUAGGACUGAAAACGACCCACGGAUUUGGGGUAUCUCGUAACACACGCGUCUCGAUGUUGACGCAGGUAAAAGCAGUGCUGCCUUUUAGUGAGGUUUAAAUCGGUGGUUAAAGACAGCUUUCAAAUAUGGCAUUCAACCCGUUUUUUCUACAUCGUUCCAUGGAUUAUUCCGUGGGGUCCCUCCUCGGUCAGCACCCCCUGCUGCCGGGACUGUCCCCCCUGCACCACCCAGGAAUACCUGCAUCCAUGGUGCCCAAACUGCAGCAAUCGAUGGGUAGAUCCCCCUUCAUCCCUGGUGACUUUCUCCCCCACCCCCAACCGUUCCGUCCCCUCAGGGGUUUAGAACCCCCGGAACCCGAGGUUCAAGACGACCCUAAAGUUGAACUGGAAGGAAAGGAAUUAUGGGAAGCUUUCCACAAACUGGGAACUGAAAUGGUUAUUACCAAAUCUGGCCGACGAAUAUUCCCGGCAUACAAGACCAAAGUGUCAGGCCUUGACAAAAAAUCCAAGUACAUCCUUCUAAUGGACAUCGUCGCCGUGGACGACUGCCGUUACAAGUUCCACAACGGCAAAUGGAUGGUGGCCGGCAAAGCUGACCCCGAGAUGCCCAAGAGGAUGUACAUCCACCCCGACUCCCCCAGCACCGGGGAACAAUGGAUGCAGAAAGUUGUCUCCUUCCACAAGCUGAAACUCACAAACAACAUUUCCGAUAAACACGGAUUUGUGAGUACUUUCACCAUUCUAAAUUCGAUGCACAAAUAUCAGCCUCGUUUUCAUCUUGUGCGUACGGAUGACAUUCUGAAACUCCCAUACAGUGCGUUUCGAACCUACGUGUUUAAAGAAACGGAGUUUAUAGCAGUCACAGCUUAUCAAAACGAAAAGAUUACUCAACUUAAAAUCGACCACAACCCUUUUGCUAAAGGAUUCCGUGACACAGGUGGAGGGAAACGAGAGAAAAAACGGCUAAUGAUUGAAUCCAGUGCGGCCAGUUCGACACAACGGGCGCCCGACAGUACGAGUCUACCACUUGAAGGGGGGCCGCACGACGGCGACAGGGAUGAGGAGAUAUGUGUUGUCGAGGCAGAUGACGAGGAAAAGUAUGGAGAAGAAGAAGAGAAGUAUGGAGAAGAAGAUCAUACCAGCAAACCUACAGAUUUAUCGGCAAAGAGGGAAACGGCUUGAUAACGAUCAAGAAGAAAAUAUCCCGAGCGAUGAUGACCUUGACCUUCACUCCAGCAGUGACGACCUCGGAAGCAGAUUCGCGAACAUCAGCGGUACCGUGUGCAGCCGGGAGACAAAGAGAGACGUGUUUGAAUGUGAUAAGCUGUGUAAGACCCAAAUUGAAAAAGACACAAGUGAAAGCAGCUCGUCUGAGCACGAUCAGAAGUAUGUUGAGCACAUCCGGAAGCAUGACCUUGACCGGAAGUCGGACGAUCACGACAGGAAGUUGGACAGUCUUAGCCGGAAGUGCGAUGAUCUCGGCCGCAGUUGUAACGAUCGAAAGUUCGACAGCGAUUCGACAUCUUGUCAAAGUGUCUCCCCCCACUCAACGUCCUCUGGGUCGAAGGAAGGCACCUCUCCCACCACAGCUCCAACACUGUCCUUUCCUGUUAGUGCAAUGCUCUCGUCUAGCCCAAGUUCUACCUCAUUAAUGAGUAGUGGUCAUCUACCAAUGCAGUAUUUAACCGCCAAUGGUCAAAUGGACCUUGGUCAUUUGGCCACAGCGCAACUCCACUCAGCUAUGAACCCUGCGGCCACUUCCCUCUUCAGCAGUCAGCUUGCCUUGUUGAAUCCCCACUUCUUCCAACAUGGCUACGGUGCGCUAGCCAUGCAGAGGGAUGGACUUACAGGCUGUCCCCCAAAUUUCGGACAAUUCUUGUUUUCAAGGUCAGGAGGGACGCGUUUCACUCCUUACGUAAUACCGUCAUCAAGAACAUCUCCAUCGCGACAGUGUGUGUCCCCUAGAGAACUGUCUGACUCACCUGCGCAUGAGCAGCACCGACCUAGGUCUCGUGAUCUUAUAAACCACAGCAGACGACAAACAGAACUUCCGGUUCGCCGAAUGUCCCCUGCCGAGAGCUCCGGGCAAGGAUGUGAAAUCAGGCGAAUUGAAAAAAUGUUAACAGGUCUACAAAAAAACAAUGGCUCCAAGUCUUCGUCAGUUCAAACGAGCGCUUUAAACUGAUGGGGGGUCUUACGUUCGUCAUUCCGUGAUCUCGGUAUAUAUCUAGUCACUUUAAGCUGAAAUGUGUGCUUACUUUUCAUGUGAGGAAUGUGUCAUUCACUGUAGACAUAGACAAUAGAAUCUCAGAGACAGAUCAUAUUCAUUUGCUGUUCAGAAACAUUUCAGAAUGAAAUGUACACGCCUCAUCAGGACAUGGUGUGUCCAGACACUUAUACGGAAGACGUUUGUGUCGAUUUCAUAAUGAAAUGUACACGCAGGUCGUGAAAUAUACAUCAUUUGUUGCAGCAUGUGUCCUAGCAGCCCGGAAACACGACGCCGUGUCAGUUUCACAGUGAAAUGUACAUGCACGUUUGUGAAAUAACAGUUCUGAACCUGGCAGACUUGAAACGUCCAAGGAAAUCGUAUUAUCUAACAGUUCUAACACUCCAAUAAGAUGAAAUACACACCAGGAAUCAUUAUAGAUGGCACCUCCUUUGCUUCGUCUUCUUGCCAAAACGCGUCACUGUCAAUGUCAUUAACAAUGUCAUUUACAAUAUCGACAUGUUGUCUGUAGCAAUGGUAACAUAUUGUAAUACUGUACUUGUAUGUAUAUUUAUGUAUAGUCUGUAUUGAGGGAAAUAAAAUGCACCUCAUAAAAUGACUAUAAA